AUGCAGUACGUUGAGAGGGCUAUUGGCUCAGUUUCGAAGACUUGGUCGUCGAUCAACCCAGCCACACUUUCGGGAGCGAUCGACGUGAUAGUCGUAGAGCAUCCAGACGGAAAUCUGGCUUGCUCUCCUUUCCAUGUGCGGUUUGGGAAGUUCCAGAUUCUUAAGCCGAGUCAAAAGAAGGUUCAAGUGAUUGUCAACGGUCAGAAUACGAAUAUUCCAAUGAAAUUAGGCGAUUCGGGAGAAGCGUAUUUCGUUUUCGAGACCAAAGCGGACGCAGCAUCGAUUCCAAACGAGCUCAUCUCAUCUCCUGUAGUGAGUGCUGCAAGUAGUCCAGCGUCAUCCCCGGGCAAAGAAAAGAGGUACGGCGCAGCUUUGGAUGAGCCCGAUUUCCUAGACAUUGGUAAACCUGCUAAGACGGACGACGUUCCGGAAGAAUACCCGUCUACGCCGUCGCAACAGCUACCUCUACGACGGGCCUCUGUGACGUUUGAAGAACGGGCGCGCAAACUAAACCAAAAGCUUCACGAGAAGAAAAUCCCGAGCAAAUUCGAUAACAACGGUGAUUUGUUGUUGGACAUUGAAGGUUACAAGCCGAGUAAAGACCGAGUGCACUACACUGAUGAAAUGCUAAAACAAUUGCUCAUGGACGAACUUGGCAGUGAGUACGAUAUCUCCAGCUUUGUAAAAGAAGAUGGCAGUGGAAACAUGCGCAUUUUGAACCCUUACGAACACUCACCUCCCGCGUCACCUCAAGUGUUGUCAGCGGACUCUCUCGACACUCCAAAUUCAAGUGUGUCAGAAAUAUCCUUGCCCAGCGACACGACUGCGACGCUAGACCAUAAUACAAACUAUUCUAGUGGCUAUUCUAGUAGUGCGGAUCCAGAUAAAAGAUACAUCAAGACGAUCAGGUUGACCUCCGAACAGCUACAUUGUUUGGAUCUCAAAUACGGUGAGAACGAUUUGUUGUUUUCCGUAGACAACAGUAGAGCAAUUGUUGCUGCCAAGCUCUUCCUGUGGAAAUGGGACGACCCGAUCGUGAUCUCUGACAUCGAUGGCACUAUUACAAAAUCUGAUGCCCUAGGCCAUGUCUUGACGAUGAUUGGCAAAGAUUGGACUCAUUUGGGAGUGGCGACUCUUUUCACUGAGAUUAAAAGAAAUGGUUACAACGUUCUUUAUUUGACCGCUAGGGGUGCAGGUCAAGCAGACUUAACCAGAAGUUAUCUGAGAAGCAUAGUACAGGAUGGAGUCAAAUUACCACUUGGUCCCGUCAUACUUUCCCCUGACCGUACAAUGGCUGCCUUGAAGCGAGAAGUGAUUCUGAAAAAGCCGGAAGUGUUCAAGAUAGCGUGUUUAAACGAUUUACGCAAGCUCUAUUUUGGAGAUCUCGAUUUGAACCACAACGAUAAUGAGAACGCGAACGAUCAGUCUCCAACUCCCUUCAUCGCUGGAUUUGGGAAUAGGAUCACGGACGCGCUGUCGUACAGAACUGUGGGAAUACCCAGUUCACGGAUUUUUACCAUUAAUCCUGAGGGAGAAGUUCAUAUGGAGCUGUUGGAACUUGCUGGUUACCGAAGUUCCUACGUGCAUAUCAACGAGCUAGUAGAUCAUUUCUUCCCGCCGGUGAAGAAAUGCUACGUGAGUACCAACGAAGAUAUAAGUCUGUCUCCAACGCCAGGUUCACCCAAUAAUCCCGCUUGGGAAGAGAGAUUGCUUUACAGACCCAAGGAUAUACAAUUCACAGAUGCCAACUAUUGGCGUGAGCCGGUACCUAGCUUAGACGAUUUUUCCGAAUCAAGUAGCGCUGAAAAUGACGAACUCGACAAGUUUCAAAACGAAACACAACUGGGAGCUAUUGGUAAGAUCUCUAAAAGUCAAAGCCCUGGCGGUUUAGCUGACUUUAGAGGCUCAGACCAGCCCAAAGCCUCGUUUUCGCCAUUUCAGGACGGCCGGAACAACGGAAGACAUGCAAGUCCGCCCGAUAUGGCUUUAGACAGUCAUUCAAGAGAUUUAGGGACGCAUAUCUAUUUGGAAUUGGGCUCACCUUUAUCUUCGCCCAGACUGGGUCAUUUGAACACGCGGCAUGUCGAUGCCGGUAUCGAUCGUCUUUCCAUUUCAUCGCCAUCAAAAGCGAGCACCCAAGUCUCUAAGUUGAACGUUUUGAACAAUGGGCAUCGUUCAACAAACAAUCAAUCCUCAUCCGGCAAGAACUCGGCUGAAGAUUCUCCAGACGACGAGUUUGACGAGGAUGAAUUUGAUGAAGACGAAAAUGAUGAUGACGGAGACGAUGACGGGAACGGCGACGGCGACGAUGACGAAUACGAGAAAUACGCCCACAGAGACGACGAGUUUGAUGAGGACGAAUUUGAGUCCGAUUUUCAAGACGAACAAGACGGGAAACACAUGCCUGUUCUCACAAAUUAA